GAGCGGCGCAUCAUGUACUCCUUCAGGCACCCGCGCUUGGUGCCCAUCUUCGACUCUGGCACGUUUGCGGCGGCUUGGCGAGGCAUUGCUUUCCUGCUGAUGGAGCUGAUGAGCUGCGAUCUCAACAGCCAGAUUCCCAUGGACGAGAAUGCGGCGGCCCGAGUGACUCGGCAGAUCGCCAGCGGCCUCAUCUACAUGCACCAGGAGCUUGGCCUGGCGCAAGG